AUGCUGGACCGAUUCGGGCUGAGGGUGUCCAUCUUGCUCGGGGCCGCCGGAAACUGCAUCGGCGCGUGGAUCCGGAUAUUCUCCACCACCCCGGAUGCGUUCUGGAUCACGAUGAUCGGGCAGACGAUCGUCGGCGCUUCUCAGAUGUUUACCCUUGGUGCUCCUCCCCGUCUUGCUGCCGUUUGGUUUGGCGCGGAUGAGGUGUCGACAGCUUGCGCGGCCGGUGUUUUUGGCAAUCAGCUCGGUAUCGCCCUUGGCUUCGUCCUUCCCCCAAUGCUCGUUCACAACGGCACGAUGGAGGAGAUUGCCGACGAUUUGACAAAUCUUUUCCUGGGCUCGGCCGUCCUUAACACCGUCAUCUUCACGCUCAUCAUUUGCUUCUUCUCAGCCAAGCCGAAGGUGCCCCCGUCAUGGGCGCAGAUCACCGCCUUGGAGCAGUCGUUGGACAGCAAUUUCCUCGGAACCAUGGGAAAACUGCUGACGAAUGGGAACUUUAUGCUGCUGUUCUUGACUUAUGGCAUGAACACUGGCGUUUUCUACGCUGUCUCGACGCUAUUGGCCGAGAUGGUCGACAAGCUCUACCCAGGACAAGGAGAAGCCAUCGGCCGAAUCGGAUUGAGUAUGGUGGUGGCCGGGAUGUUCGGCUCGGUGAUUGGCGGCAUUUGCCUGGACAAGCUGAAGAAGUUCAAGCUGGUGACGUUCACCGUGUAUUUCUUCUCAUUCCUCGGUAUGGUGUUCUUCACAUUCACUCUGGACUCGGGCAUCCAUAUGGUAUACGUCGGCGCCAUUGCAUUGGGCUUUUUCAUGACGGGCUACCUGCCUAUCGGCUUCGAAUUCGCCGCCGAGCUGACGUUCCCGAGUGCUGAGGGGACAAUGUCGGGACUUUUGAACGCGAGCGCACAGAUCUUUGGAAUCGCGUUGACGUGGGCCGGCGGUUUGCUACUGCACGAUUUUGGCAUCUAUAUCAGCAAUGCAGUGAUGAUUGCCAUUCUGGGGCUUGGCACUAUUCUAACAGCCCUCAUCAAAGAAGAGCUACGGCGGCAAAAAAGCUCAACAUGCCGCCGUCCAUUUGCCGACAUCAGAGACGCAACUCACCAGCUACACCGUCGUCCCGGAGCCAAUUCGAGUGGCGGCUGUUUUAUCACGGCCGAUAAUUGGGCCAACGCUUCGUACCAUCAGAAACAGAGUUGUCGGCAGGUCAGCGCUUCGGGGCAGCUGGCCGAAAUUCGAAACGCCUUCGACAGCCAGCAAGCAUUAAUGCUCGUGGAAUCAGACAACGCAGCCACGCAAUUCUUCUACAUCGGAUUGAGUCGUAAUUGCGAGACGUGCGGCUGGACUUGGCCGGGCAAUCAACAACUCGACUAUCAGAACUGGGCGCCAGGACAACCGGUCACGGGCCAAGAUUGUUCGGUGCUUUCCGUGGAAGAUGCUACUUGGUCUUCAAUCGACUGCGGCGCCUUAUAUCCGGCACUUUGUCUCGUGCCUCAACAA